CAGAGGAAAAUAUCUAUGCCUUAUAACCAAAAUAUAAACUUAUUUUUUCUAUUUAUUUUGCAGAUAUGUCUCGUAUGGUCCUCUUAUUGCGUUAAAAGAAAUUGUCCACCGUGGCAAAGCAAGGUACAUAAAACGACGACAUGAGCGUAGAAGCGAUGGGUACAGAUCACAUAUAGGACCCUGCCGUUGGUCUUCUUCAUGAGCGUGUUAGAUCAGUACACGUACCUUUCCUCUGCAGGAAAGACAGCUCGAAGCAUCUAUGAUGGAAGAGGCAAGAUCGAGCAGUUUGAUUACGAGGAACUUGGAUGAGAGGGCGAUGGGGAUUUAUCGAAACAGAACUCUAGAAGAGAGAGUAAAACUCGUAGGAUCACCAAUUCAAACACCGUGGCUGCGACAUAGCCUCCCUAGCUUCUAGCUAAGGUACAAGCUACAAUGUAGGCAUCCCUAUUAUACAAUAAUUGCCCAUAAUUGUAUUCCGCCGGGUUGCCUCAAACCAACUACUGUAUCAAUCAACAUGAUAAAGAGCAGCUAUCUAGAGGGAAAACCUCCCGUCUGGAGAGGGAGUACUGAAUACUGAUCGGCCAUGGCGACCGUGGCAGCUGCAGGAUCGUCGGUGGAGAAGCGUCACGCCGUGUUCUUCCCUUUCCCGGCGCAGGGCCACGUGAAGCCGGCGCUCCAGCUGGCCAAGCUCCUCCACCGUUGCCAUGGCUUCCAGGUCACCUUCGUCCACACGGAGCACAACCGCCGCCGCCUCCUCCGCUCGCGCGGCCCCGGCGCGCUGGACGGGGUCCCCGGGUUCCGCUUCGCCGCCGUCCCGGACGGCCUGCCCCCGUCCGAGGCGGACGCGUCGCAGGACAUGGCUGCCCUGCUGUCCACCACGGAGGCCCUGGUCCCGCCCUUCCGGAGCCUCGUCUCCGGCCUCCUCCCGCCGGCGUCCUGCGUCAUCUCCGACGUCGAGCACAUCCUGUACGCGUCCAAGGACAUGGGUCUUCCCUGCGUCACCUUCUGGACGUCCAGCGCGUUCGCCUUCAUGGCCUGCCAGCAGUGCCAGCGGCUUGUCGACAUGGGCAUUGUCCCCCUCAAAGGGGCUGAGCAGCUAAGGAAUGGACACCUGGACGACACGGUCCUGGACUGGGUGCCGGGGAUGCCCAAAGACAUCCGCCUCAGAGACUUCCCGAGCUUAAUCCGCACCACGGACCCCGACGACGCCAUGCUCAAAAUGCUCUUGCGCUCAAUGGCGUGCCACAGGACCACUCCGUCCGCCGUCAUCUUCCACACCUUCGACGAGAUCGAUCGCGAGGCCAUGGCGGCCAUGUCCACCAUCCUGCCGCCGAUCUACGCCGUCGGGCCAUUGCCGCUCCUCCUCGAUCAAGUCGCUGGCAAUGGCAGUGAUAGUGCGGUUGACACGCUGGAAUCAAACCUGUCCAGGGAGAACCACGCCUGCCUAGAGUGGCUGAAUGGCAAGCGGCCAAACUCGGUGCUCUACGUGAGCUUCGGGAGCGUCGCAACGCUGAAGAGCGACCAGCUGGUGGAGUUCGCGUGGGGUCUGGCCAACAGCAAGAAGGACUUCCUGUGGGUGAUCAGAAACGAUCAAGUGAUCAACGGCGACGACGACCCCGCUGCUGCGGCCGUGCUGCCACCGGAGUUCCUGGAGGAGACGAAGGCGAGGAGCCACGUGACGAGCUGGUGCCCGCAGGAAGCGGUGCUCCGGCACGAGGCGACGGGCGCGUUCCUGACGCACUGCGGGUGGAACUCCGUCCUGGAGAGCAUCGGCGCCGGGGUGCCGAUGCUGUGCUGGCCCUUCGGCGCCGACCAGUACACGAACGCGAGGUACGUUUGCUCCGAGUGGCGCGUCGGCAUAGAGAUCGGCGGCGAUGUCAAGAGGGACGACGUGGAGGCGGCCAUCCGGGAGGUGAUAGAUGGAGGAGACAAGGGAGAAGAGAUGAAGAGAAUGGCCAUGCAAUGGAAGGAGAAGGCUACCGCGGCUGCACUGACGGGUGGGCCCUCUUGGGUGAAUCUGGAGAAGGUGGUCGAUGAGGUGCUUGUUGUGCAUCCUAGCAAGAUUAGUGAUACGGAAUUAUGAGUAGGCUCUUGCUUGCUCUACGCUGGCAUUGGAAAUAAAUUGAUGAAAGGGGAGACGUGUCAUGGUUGUGAUCGAGCUUUCUCGAAAUUUAAUGGGUUGUUUCAUUAUUUAUUAGGAAAAUGAAUGCAAAUUUGGGCCAUAGUAGUAUUAUUUUAUAUAUAAGGGAAAUGAAUGCAAAUUUGGUCGAGUA